UCGCGAGGCGCGAGGGAGGGCCGGGCCGCUCGUCCGCCCUCUGGGGGCCGGUGCGUGCAGCCGCGCACCUGGCAACGGCGCCGCGUCCCCGCCCGCGCCGCCCCGCACCCCCCGCCGGCGGCCUCGAGCGCUCGCUCGUUGAUGCCGUUCUGGGGGUGACCCGGCGCGGCUCCGCGGUGGCGGGGCUCUAGACGACGCCGGCCCAGCGACGCGGGACCGGGACAUGCUGGAGCUGCGGCACCGCGACGUCUGCCCCGGCCACGGGGCAGCGGGGGCGCCGCCACCCCGCGAGGGAGAGGCGGCCGGCGGCGACCACGAAACCGAGAGCACCAGCGACAAAGAAACAGAUAUUGAUGACAGGUAUGGAGAUCUCGAUGCCAGAGGAGAUUCGGAUGUUCCUGAGGCCCCACCGUCCUCAGACAGGACCCCUGAGAUCCUCAAGAAAGCCCUGUCUGGACUGUCUUCAAGAUGGAAGAACUGGUGGAUUCGAGGGAUUCUCACGCUGACCAUGAUCUCCCUCUUUUUCCUGAUAAUCUAUAUGGGGUCCUUCAUGCUGAUGCUCCUGGUUCUGGGCAUCCAAGUGAAAUGCUUCCACGAGAUCAUCACGAUCGGGUACCGGGUCUACCACUCCUAUGACCUGCCGUGGUUCCGAACACUCAGCUGGUACUUCCUGCUGUGUGUGAACUACUUCUUCUACGGAGAGACGGUUGCGGAUUACUUUGCUACAUUUGUUCAGAGGGAGGAGCAGCUGCAGUUCCUCAUCCGCUACCACAGGUUCAUCUCCUUCGCCCUCUACCUGGCAGGUUUCUGUAUGUUUGUGCUGAGCUUGGUGAAGAAACACUACCGCCUGCAGUUUUACAUGUUCGCAUGGACUCAUGUCACUUUACUGAUAAUCGUUACUCAGUCACAUCUUGUCAUCCAAAAUCUGUUUGAAGGCAUGAUAUGGUUCCUUGUUCCAAUAUCAAGUGUCAUCUGCAAUGACAUCACCGCUUACCUUUUUGGAUUUUUUUUUGGAAGAACUCCUUUAAUUAAGCUGUCUCCUAAGAAGACCUGGGAAGGAUUCAUUGGCGGUUUCUUCUCCACAGUCAUAUUUGGAUUCAUUGCUGCCUAUGUGUUGUCCAAAUACCAAUACUUCGUGUGCCCAGUGGAAUACCGAAGCGACGUCAACUCCUUUGUGACUGAGUGCGAGCCUUCUGAACUGUUCCAGCUUCAGAACUACUUCCUCCCUCCCUUCCUGCAGGCGGUGCUGAGCCAGGAAACCGUGCGCCUGUAUCCCUUCCAGAUACACAGCGUUGCCCUUUCAACGUUUGCUUCACUGAUUGGCCCGUUUGGAGGCUUCUUCGCCAGUGGAUUCAAAAGAGCUUUCAAAAUCAAGGAUUUCGCAAACACUAUCCCUGGACACGGCGGGAUAAUGGACAGGUUCGACUGUCAGUAUCUGAUGGCAACUUUCGUGCAUGUGUACAUCACGAGUUUCGUAAGGGGUCCGAAUCCCAGCAAAGUGCUCCAGCAGCUGUUGGUACUUCAGCCAGAGCAGCAGCUAAAUAUCUACAGAACCCUGAAGAUUCACCUCACCGAGAAGGGGAUCCUGCAGCCCGCCUUGAAGAUGUAGCUGCCUGAGGACAGACUUCCCGGGAGGAGCCCACAGGACAGCUCUGAGUGAAGUCAUGCACUGAGCCAGCACGGGGCUGAAAGCUUGAUGGACACGGCUGUUGCCGAUAUGAAUGUUUCUUUCUCUGAUAAGACUGUGAAUAUUUAACAAACAUAUAUGAUCUAAGUGAUGAGCGUGUGGCGGACGCUGGCCCAGGAAAGGUCCCGCACUCCUCUAAGACGCGUUUUCCAACAUUAACUGCUCUGCCCUCACUUGCUGAGUUCCAUGACUUAGGAGAUUUGUGUUUUAAAGAGCCAAACACCAUGCAGCGAGGCCUCAGGGUCAUGCCUGGUAGUGUGAUCUUUUGCAGGAACACUGACCUCUGCACCAGGAGCUGCCCCUUCUGUGUAAGUAAUGCUCCGCAGGCGCCAUGCAAAGCCAGGUCUCCAGGGCCGCCUCCUCUUCUAAGCUCAAGUAUUGCUGAGGGCCGAGUUAGAUUAAAAAAGCGAGAAAAAGAACGAUUGUCCACUUCUCUCUCUUUCCUCCCCCUCCCUUGUUUGUUUGUUCAUGAUGCUGGGGUGGCCCCCAGGUCACACACCAGGCAGGUGCCCACUUCCGGGCUGCUCUCCAGCUGACUGUUCCUCUCAGAGAAGUAGUCAUCUGCCAAGGGCAAGCACCUGGCGUUAAGCAGUUUCAAAAUUCAGAAGCUAGAGGCUUCAGCCUUCCUGAUUUGUUUAAAAAGAAGGUGUCAGAAUCCAUUUCUGAUGAACCUUUUGGAGAAACACAACCAACUUCCCCAGAGACACAGAAGUGGGGUGCUGAGUGAAGAGAGCAGCACGAGGCUCCCGCUGGGAAUCCCUCACGAGGGGGCUGGGGCAGGGCCGGUGCCUCUAAGGCUGCAGGUCCCCCUCUACCCCUGCCCCUGGCCUGGUGGGAGCGUCUGCUUUCCUCGGUUCCCUGAGUCCCAUGCUUGGGGUGGUGAGGCCUGCAUGGCAGGCAGGGCUUCCUUCCAGCCCGCUGUACACCUCAACAGGCAGGAAGAGAGUUCUGCCCAAGGACCCCGACCAGGGCCAGCUCCCUGGUGGUAACUAACCUCUGUCACAUUGCUCUUCCCCCUAUGUCACAAAAUCCAAGAAUAAAAAACAAGCAGAAAUAAUAGCCACCAAGGACACAAGCACAAGAAUACCACACCUUCCUCGGCUGGGGCUGGACGCUGGAACCAGCCUAGAGGAAAGCCUGAGCACGCGCCUGUUCAACCUCCUGUCGCUGUGUGUGCCCUACAGCCACUCUCAGCAGGUCAAACGAAACGACCGGUUCUGCCAUUGUAAAUUUUGGUUAAUACUUGGCCUAAACUAGAAGUGAGUCUGAGUCAUCACACACAUCCUUCCCGCUGUAGAUGCACCUGGUUUUGGGCAGCUGUAGCCAUCAUGCGCUCUACACUCACGCUGUGUAGAGCGACACUGCAGACACAGUGACCCUCAGUCCUGAGAAGGCCAUCGGUGGCCUCUCUAGGUGACGAGUGACCCAGGGCUACAUCCAGCCCGAGUCACUCCCGCCUCUGCCUGAAGCCCGGUGAAGGCACCAUCACGCGAGGCGGUGAUUACUUUUCAGUCGGGUGACGUGCGUUCAUUCCAACGUCCCCUACUUUUGUUUGCCCCACUCCCUACUCCAGAUGUUGAUCAGAGGAAGAGUUGCAGGCACCAAAGAAACAGCGAAAACCUUAGAUUGGAACAUGCCCUGGAAAUGUGGCCGUCUGCACGCAGAAACGUGCUUGCAGAUAAUGGAGCUUCUCCUUGCCCACCAUGCUUUUAUGGGAUUGUGAGGUGUUGCAGGAUGGAAUUAUGAGAGCAUUUACUAAACACACAGAAAAAUCAACAUUCUUCUAAACAAAGGAAGAAACUGGCACUAUCUGGGGUUGCAGGAAAAGCCUUUCUCAAAUAGACUUUGGGUAUACAUUGAACCAUAUAAGAACAAGUGAGCACUUACUUUUCACAGAGCUCUGAAGAUCAGCAUUUUAGCAUAUUUUAUAGCAUGUACAUUAGGAUGGACUAUAUUUUAGCAAUCACCGUAAGAGCCAGACCGUGAUCAGCAUCACAUUUGCACUGGGAGAGGCUUCACCUAAUGACGUGAUGACAAAUGCGAACCAGGAAGGUCUUCCACGGGGAUGACCAUCAUUGGAAAUUUGCGGUUUGGCACCCAUCGCUUGACUUAGCAGCCAGCCUGUGGGAUGUUAAUGUCUCCUCCAUGCGCUUUCCCCGUGGGGACGCACAUACAGUUACUGAGAUUAAAGGCCACCCCGUUUCCCUUUAUCCUCUCCUCAUUUGCACUUUGGUUUGAACAAAGGUAAUGACACCUGGUUCAAUGAAAAGGAGACGGUAGCAACGCUGUGUAUAUAUUGUACAUGGGUGAAAGUUUAUGAUAUGUGUCAAUCAGUUCUCUGAAUCUUUUUACUGAAAACUGAGAUAGAAAAAUAAAAUUUCAAUGAUAUUUUGA